GUGUGUGUGUAUGUGUGUGUGUGUGUGUGUGUGUGUGUGUGUGUGUGUGUGUGUGUGUGUGUGUGUGUGUGUGUGUGUGUGUGUGUGUGUGUGUGUGUGUGUGUGUGUGUGUGGCUAUGUGUGCAUGCCUAUGUGUGCAUGCGGGUGUGCUUGCGUGUGUGUGUGUGUGUGUGUGUGUGUGUGUGUGUGUGUGUGUGUGUGUGUGCGUGUGGAUGUGUGUGUUUGUGGAUGUUCAGCCAGACAGCGGUAGUACUAGUACAGUAAAACAACAGCUGCAGGGAAACGAUAAUGCUCAGACAUAUGCUCUUCCAGUUCUUGCUGCUAUGGUUCUUUGGCCAAGCCGUCCAUGGGAUUUCUGUGUUAUAUCACGAUGAAAAGUGGCAGCCCUGGAACAGACAGGCCCGCCAUACUACUCCUCUGAAAAUGGAUAUGAAGCUGAGAAGAUUGGACCUGUCCAAAAGCUUCAUCAGACAGUUGCACACACUUGGUCUGCCACACCUGCAACAGCUUGACUUGAGUUACAACCAGCUGGAUCUCAUCGCUGAAGAGGCCUUCAUAAACCUGGCCCAACUUGAAGCACUGAAUCUGUCCAGAAACGCUCUGUACAACAACGUUGGCAGGAACGGCAGAGCCCUCCGAUCCGUUGGCGGGCUGAGGCGUUUGGACAUAUCUCUGAACAACUUGAACGACGAAGCGGUGGAACUCUACCUCCAAAACAAAUUCUCCCUGAUUCAUCUUGACCUCACUGGCAACGGCAUCACGGCACUCACGCACAACACGUUCAAAGAAUGCCAAGGACUAAAGACCAUUAUCGCGGCCAAUAAUCUGAUAAGAGACAUAGAACCGGGAACAUUUGAACCGCUUAUGCGAUUAGAGACACUCGACUUGUCCCAAAAUAAUUUGGCAGAUAUCUGUGAUUUUCAAUUGCAUCAAGUGAUCUACUUGAAUCUCAGUCAAAAUUCAAUAGAGUUCUUCAUGACACGGCAAGACGAAGAGUUAUUCAGACUAGAAAUCCUAGACCUGAGUGACAAUAAACUAUUUUAUUUCCCCAUUGUUCCAAAGUUCAUCCAUUUGAGAUAUCUUUAUUUACAAAAUAACAUGAUUGGUGCUUUGAAUUCAGAGGCAACAAUGAUCUCAGAGGCCAGAUCUGUUUAUAAAGAGAUUGUUAUCGGGAAAGCCAAUACAAAGUAUCACGAAAUAUUCUCUAACUGGAGAAUAAUGCCAUUGAUUUACAUUGACCUGAGCAGCAACCAUUUCAGGUCGGUACCCUUUGAAACGUUAAGCCUUCUCACCUCUUUAGAAACCUUAAACUUUAGUAGGAAUUGUCUGCAAAAUAUUGAACUUAAUAUUACAAAGCCUGGCCAAUUGGGAUAUAAUUACCAGCGAUUAUUCCCAUCCCUGAGGCACCUAGACUUGCAGAAGAAUAGCCUAAGAUACAUUACCCCACUCUUUUUCAAGGCCUUACCAAAACUUGAGACAUUAAACUUACAAGCAAACUCAGUGAAACCAUGUCCACCUGGAAAUGGGUUGGGACGGAACAAAUCCGAUCAGCACGCACUCGGCAGACACAACAUGUCUUGUGUUGCCUUCAGACAAAUAAAGACUCUUAAGCACCUGAACCUUGAGGACAAUGGCAUACAGGUGCUCUACGCCAACACUUUCGAGAAAACAUCUUUGGCUCACCUCAACCUCGCUGGGAACCGUCACAUGGUCCUGGAAGAAGGUACGCUGGAGGGUGUGCAGGGAAGCCUUCAGUCCCUGAGUCUCAGCGCGACCAAUGUUUCCAGCCGUGACCUUUCCUUGCCCUGUAUGCCAGCAUUGUCUCAACUCAACCUCUCCAACAACCAUCUGGACAGCAUCCCUGCUAGUCUGAGUUGUUCUCCUCUGAGGGUACUUGACUUGAGCAACAAUGCCUUGGUGUCUUUGAACCGUUCUCUGAUCAGAGCCAUGUCGUCGCACCUUAGCGCCUUGUACAUCAGAGGGAAUCGCUUCGACUGUUGCAAUGCAUCGUGGGUGACCGUUUUGAAUGAGUCACGGGUGAACGUACCUGAUUUGAGUGAAGCAAAGUGUGCUGUGCAGGGCGAGAGUGUUUUUCUAGCCGCCUAUAUAGAGAGCCCUUCAGGAUACUGCUUGUUUCAAACCACGGUUCCAGUACUCACAGUCGGCCAGCGUCUUAUCGUCUUCAUAUUUGUGAUGACAAUCGUUUCCAUGUUGUUUGUUUUCACUCGAAUUUGGUGGACUUGACAGGAUCCUGCAUAGUAAUUAGUUAUCCUAACAUUAUUAUUAUUAUUAUUAUUAUAUGUGUUAUUUAUCAUUAUAUCAUUCUUUAGGAUAUCACUAUUGAGAUAAUAGUUGUAAAUACUGUAUAUGUACUUCAAGUAAAUACUGUUAAUAUAAGCCUGUUGAUGCAACUGAAUCACCCAGGACAGACAUGUCAUUGGUUAUAGGAGACCGUUGAGAUUGUAUACCUGUGUUUCUCAGCAUAUUUAUCUCAUGGUUGUUUCAUUUCCAAUAAAAGUACAAAUAAAUUGUCCCCUGUCUACUCACAUGUUGGUAAUAUGACUGUGUGACAUACAUAUACAGACAUGAAUUUUUAUAUUGAAUAGAAUAGAAUUGAAGAAAAGAGGGUUCAGGCCUGUGUCAGAGGAGUGUCAGAGGAGGUGGACUCACUUUGCGUGGAUGUAUUUUUAUUUUUUUUCCCUUGCCCCACCCUCAAGGUUGACUGGAUCAAGUAGCAGCUUGACAAGUUCAAGCAGAGAGCACUCAAGAAAGGAAUACUGUGCAUAUAGUAUUAGCUGUAACCGCGCAGGAAUGCAUUGUAGCGAAUUGCAUGCCCUCCGUUUCCUCUACUUUCUUUUGUGUGUGUUUGUGUGUUAUUGUGUUUGGCCUUCCUUACUCUUCCUUCCAUCAUCAUAAUAUCAAACCCGUUGGCAUUCAGCACUUGUAUUUG